AUGUCUGACGAAAUUGUUUGGCAAGUGAUCAACCAGAGCUUCUGCUCCCAUAGAAUCAAGACACCUAGUGGUCAAACUUUCUGUAGAAAUGAGUAUAACGUCACCGGGUUGUGUACCAGACAGUCAUGCCCGUUAGCCAACUCCAAGUAUGCAACAGUAAAGAAUGAUAACGGGAAGUUGUACCUGUAUAUGAAGACGCCAGAGAGAGCACAUACCCCUGCCAAAUUGUGGGAAAGAAUCAAACUAUCCAAGAAUUAUUCCAAGGCCUUACAACAGAUCGACGAACAUCUACUGCAUUGGAGUAAGUUUUUCCGUCACAAGUGUAAGCAAAGAUUUACCAAGUUGACGCAGGUCAUGAUAACGGAGAGACGUUUGGCGCUAAGGGAAGAUGAAAGGCAUUACGUUGGUGUGGCACCAAAGGUCAAGAGAAGAGAAGAGAACAGAGAAAGAAAGGCAUUGGUGGCUGCCAAGAUCGAAAAGGCAAUUGAAAAGGAAUUGAUGGACAGAUUGAAGAGUGGUGCUUACGGUGACAAGCCAUUGAACGUGGACGAAAAGGUCUGGAAAAAGAUAAUGGGUCAAAUGGAAGAAGAAAACGACCAAGACGAGGAAGAAGACUGGGACGAAGAAGAAGAAGAGAGCGACGACGGUGAGGUCGAAUACGUGGAAGACGACGGUGAAGGUGAAUACGUCGACGUGAACGAUCUAGAAAAAUGGUUAGCCGAUUCUGAUAAAGAAGCAUCAAGUGCCAGUGAAAGCGAAAGCGAUAGCGAUAGCGACAGUGACGAUGAAGACAAGGAUAGCUCCAAGAGACGUAAGAAGACCGCUAGCGCUAAGGCUAAACGUCCAAAGGUCGAAAUCGAAUACGAAGAGGAGCACGAACUUCAAAAUGCUGAACAAGAAGUGGCCCAAUAA